AAUAUUUUUUAUUAAAAAUUAUAAUUUUAUUUUUCCUUUCAACAACCAAACAAAUUUAUUUUAUUUAAAUUUUACAGAAAAGAUGUUUUCAUUUGAACGUUUUAUGGGUCUAGGUGAAGCUGCUUCUUCAUUUUCUGUUCAACUAAGAUGCUUCUCUCCCCCAUUUUUUCAAAAUUAUGACACCCAAAAGAUUAAUGAAAUAACUUAUGGAGGAAAGAUACUUUUACCAACCUCUUGUUUGGAUAAUUUGGUCCGUCGAAAUAUUCAGUGGCCGAUGCUGUUUAAAUUGACUAAUAUAAAUCCUGAACAUCAAAAAUCGACUCAUGCUGGUGUUUUGGAAUUUUUAGCGGAAGAGGGAAGAUGUUACUUGCCUUCAUGGAUGAUGAAUCAAUUGUGUCUUAUGGAAGGAGAUUUAAUUUUAGUCGAAUACAGAUCACUCCCAGCUGCUACCUAUGCAAAGUUCAAACCAAUGUCGACCGACUUUUACCACGUUUCGAAUCCUAAAGCGAUGCUGGAGGUUGAACUUCGCAAAUUUGCUUGUCUCACAAAAGGGGAUAUAAUUGCUGUUCGGUACAAUGAACAAGUAUUCGAAUUCAAAGUAAUGUCUCUCAAACCACAAAAUGCCGUAACAAUUAUUGAAUGUGAUAUAAAUAUUGAAUUUGACGCCGCUGAGGGUUACGUUGAACCGGAACAACAAAAAGAAACUUUUCCUAUAACAGAAAAUAUUUUGGGAGGAGAAGCUAAGAGGGAUUCGAUUGCUGGAACUCCUUUAGAGGAAGCUAAAGAUGUCUGGAAACCUUUUGGUGGGUCAGGCUAUCGUUUGGAUGGAAAAGCUGUUUCAAACAAUAAUCCUGAAAAUGAUCGUAAACUUGUGAAUCGUGUUGCGAAGACAAACGAAAAAAUUGCUCAAACAGCUCCUUCCACUUCUAGACAGAGAGCUGAAUCAAAAACCCAGAUUCAAGAUGUUUUGGCUGCUACACCAAUUAUUGUCGAUGAAAAUUAUGUUCCGGGUAAAUUAACCUUUGUUCGUCGUGAUUACAAGAGUAGAGCAGUUCUUGAGAAACUUGCAAAAGAACAUGAUGACGAGUUUGGAGAGAAUGACAAUUUAAAGCCUUUUAGUGGAAAGGGACAAACAAUUCGUUAA